UCUGGAAAUGCGUAUGUAUGCAUUUCUUCUAUUUCUCAACCACUGAAAAUUUCCUCUCCACUCUCUCUACUCACCAUCCCCCAACUCCAAUCGACGUCGGCGUAAUGGCGUCGUCCCUCUCCACCAAACACCUCCUCGGAGCUUCCUCUUCUUCCGAUGGAGCCGCCCGACUAGGAUUCCUUCAAUCGCCGCAGGUGCUGCCGUGGCCGAGCCUCAGGUUGCCUGCUCGCCGAUCCCAGUCCAGACGCCUUGAAAUACAGGUUGCUGGUAGCACGAGUGGUACUUACUUUCGUGUUCCAACAUUUGGAGAAUCUCAUGAUGGUGGUGUAAGGUGUGUUAUUGAUGGAUGCUCUCCUAGACUUCCCAUCUCAGAAGCUAAUAUGCAAGUAGAUCUUGAUAAAAGGAAACUUAUUAAGAAGUCGAGAAAGAAGGAACACCACCUGUGGCGUAAGAGAGAUUCAGCUGGUUCUGGACAAAAGGCACUUAACCUUGUUCGAACUGUUUCUCGUCUUCCAAAUGAGAAAGAGGUUGUUUAUGGCGCCUUAGAUAAAUGGAUAGCAUGGGAGACCGAAUUUCCAUUAAUUGCCGCAGCAAAGGCAUUAAGAAUCCUAAGGAAGGGGAGCCAGUGGAAACGUAUUAUUCAAGUGGUGAAAUGGAUGUUGAGCAAAGGUCAAGGGGCAACAAUGGCGACCUACGACAGUCUUCUACUGGCAUUUGACAUGGACGGAAGGGUAGAUGAAGCGGAAAUGUUAUGGAACAUGAUUUUACAUGCACAGAAUCGCUCUAUUUCGAAGAAGCUUUUUUCUAGGAUGAUAUCCUUGUAUGACCAUCAUAAUGUGCCAAAUAAGGUUAUAGAGGUAUUUGCUGACAUGGAAGAGCUAGGGGUGAAACCAGAUCAGGACACUGUUAGAAGAGUUGCUCGAGCCUUCGAGGUGUUAGGUCAAGAGGACAAACAGAGGUUGGUUAGGCUGAAGUACCAAAGUAAAUGGAAAUACAUCCACUUCAAUGGGGAAAGGGUUCGGGUAAGAACCUGAUUUAUGGGUUGAAAUUAGCUAUUUCGACUUCACAACCUGUUGAUUUCCUCACAAAUUCACCCACUGAGCAAAUAUCUAAUACAAAUGUGAAGCUGAAAGCAAUUCGGCUUAUUGUACAUCUCAAGUUUGGUUUAACAAGAAUUGUAGUCCAGCGGAGCUGAUUGUUUCAUCAUGUAUAUAUAACCCAUCUGGUUCGUUAUAUUGAAUUCAGGUUGUUAAUUGAUCAUCACUU